AUGGAUGGAAAGGGGAGUAAUAAUAUUAAUAAUAAUGCAGGGGUGAGAUAUAGAGGUAUUCGAAGGAGACCACGGGGUAAGUUUGCAGCAGAAAUUCGUGAUCCAACAAGAAAAGGUUCUCGUGUUUGGCUUGGAACAUUUGAUACUGCUGAACAAGCUGCACGUGCUUAUGAUGCUGCUGCUUUUCAUUUUCGUGGUCACAAAGCCAUUCUCAACUUCCCAAAUGACUUUGCUAAUUCUACUACUAAUUACUAUAUUCCAAACACUACUUCAACUUCAAAUACUAUAUUGCAUAACUACUCUUCUUCUUCUUCCUAUCAACAACAACAAGAUGAUGAUACUUUUGAUCAAUUGGAUUGGUUGGACUACAAGUUGUUGGAAGAAUUCCUUCAUGGGCAAGAUGAUGCUGCAGCGGGUAGCUCUAAACACGCGAGUGAAUAA